AUGGAGCUGAAGAGUGAACAAAGGACACCGGAAUGUUUUGUCCGUGGAAAACCGCAGGGUACCAACGAGGAAGAUGACCGGAAUGGGUUAGGAUGGGCAGGCAUUGUUUUUACUGAUUCCAAUACCAACUAUAUUCCUGAGAACAGUCGAAAUAAAAGUGACGCAGUACGAAUAGGAGUUCGGGCAAACGGAACAGUUGACUUUUUCACUGUGCAUUUCUUGUGGGCUUCAUUUUCAACACGUGUGUCCAAAUGUCGUCCGGCACGUGACCCAAGCUGGUCCGCUUAUUUGAAUGCCCUGAUCGAUCUGCGUGGAGCUUCUGAUUCCCCGGACAAGCACAAAAAAUGUUAA